GAAAUCCAAUAGUAAGUUCUACUUUGAAUAGCCAUGAACUCAACUAGGCUGCAAUUGUUUCUUUUCCUCCAAAUGACAUUGUUCUUCACAACAAUGUCAAUAGCCGAAGCAGCCCCAGCAAACUCGAAGCUCUUCAGGGAAUACAUAGGAGCCGAGGGCGUCGGUGUCACAUUCUCUGAUGUACCAAUUGAUUCCCGAGUCGAGUUUCACUUCAUCCUUUCCUUUGCUAUUGACUACACAACAUCUUCCCGUCCUAAACCCACCAAUGGCAACUUCAAUGUGUUCUGGGACACAGAGAAUCUCAGCCCUUCUCAUGUUUCCGCCAUUAAGGCCAGUCAUCGAAAUGUUAAAGUAGCUCUGAGUCUUGGAGGAGAUACCGUAGCUGGUAAACCUGCUAACUUCACUCCUACAUCAAUCAAUUCUUGGGUCAGAAAUGCUAUCGCUUCGAUAGUUCAGAUAACGAAAGAAUACAAGUUGGAUGGAAUCGAUAUAGACUAUGAACACUUCAACACGGAUCCCAACACGUUUGCUGAAUGCAUUGGGCGACUAUUCUUCUACCUUAAACAAAAUAAGGUUGUGUCCUUCACAUCAAUAGCACCAUAUGACGAUGAUUCUGUGCAACCAUAUUACUUGGCAUUGUGGAGGAAGUAUGGGAAUCUCAUUGACUAUGUUAACUUUCAGUUCUAUGCCUAUGAGAAGGGCACAUCUAUUACUCAGUUCAUGAAAUAUUUUGGGACUCAGAGCUCAAAUUACAAAGGUGGCAAGGUUCUAGUGAGCUUUGGAACGGACAACAGUGGGGGUUUGUCUCCUGAAAAUGGGUUCUUUGAGGCUUGUGCUAGGCUUAAAAAUCAGGGCAAGCUUCAUGGCAUUUUUAUUUGGUCUGCAGACGACUCCAAGAAGGCUCACUUUCGUUAUGAGAAGCAAUCACAAAGCCUUCUUGCUACCUAA